UCUCUCUAGCCCCCCCUAUAAAUACCCAUCUCUCCUGUUCGCUUGUCACUGCAUUGCUAAAGAAAGCAACUCAUUUAUACACAUAUACUUUCAACACACAUCGAUCGAGAGUUGAGUGACACGAGUAAUAGAAUUCAUUCUUCGUAGAGGACCAUGAUGAAUACUACUGGGUCUGGGAAUCAUCAUCAUCGGCUUUUGUCCAAGAUUGCAACCAACGAUGAACAUGGAGAGAAUUCUCUCUACUUCCAUGGCUGGAAGGCAUACGAUGAUAAUCCUUUUCAUCUUAGCCAGAACCCUAAUGGAGUCAUCCAAAUGGGUCUCGCUGAAAACCAGCUAUCCUUUGACCUAAUCGAAGACUGGAUGAAGAAAAACCAAAGAGCAUCAAUCUGCACCACUGAAGGAGUGCAAAUGUUCAAGGAAAUCGCCAACUUCCAGGAUUAUCACGGCUUGCCGGAGCUUAGAAAUGCUGUGGCUAAGUUCAUGGGAAAAGCAAGAGGUGGAAGGGCGGAGUUCGAUCCAGAGAGGAUAGUGAUGUGCGGGGGAGCAACUGGAGCUAAUGAACUGUUGAUGUUCUGUCUGGCUGAUCCCGGCGAUGCAUUUCUCGUUCCUUCACCUUACUAUCCAGCAUUUGAUCGAGACCUAAGAUGGCGAACCGGAGUGAAACUGCUGCCGAUUGAAUGUAAGAGCUCCGACAGCUUCAGAAUCACCAGAGAGGCACUGGAAGAGGCGUAUGAGAAAGCUUCAGAAUCCAACAUCAGAGUAAAGGGCUUGAUCAUAGGAAAUCCAUCCAAUCCACUGGGCACCAUCAUGGACAGAAACACUCUCAAAAGCUUAGUAUCCUUCGUCAACGACAAGAACAUCCACUUCGUCUGCGACGAAAUCUACGCCGCCACCGUCUUUAAGCAGCCCGAAUUCAUCAGCGUUUCGGAGAUCAUCCAGGAAAUGGACUGCAACCUAGACUUGAUUCAUGUCGUUUACAGUUUGUCCAAGGACAUGGGGAUGCCUGGAUUUAGGGUCGGCAUCGUUUACUCUUACAACGACAAAGUGGUGACCUGCGCCCGGAAGAUGUCGAGCUUCGGCUUGGUUUCGUCCCAGACGCAGCACCUUCUUGCUUCGAUGCUCUCUGACGAUGAGUUCGUGGAGAGGUUCAUCGGCGAGAGCUCGAGAAGGCUGGAAAAGAGGCACAGAAUCUUCACGGAAGGGCUGAAGGAAGUGGAGAUCAAAUGCUUAGAAGGCAACGCCGGCCUGUUUUGCUACUGUGUACCAUUUGUGUUUGGAAGAUUGUAGUGACAUUGAGGUGCCAACAGAGCUAUAAGUGGUUAAUUUAAAUGUCUGCUUGUGGGAUAAUGCUACACGGACGAAAGCAGCGACAAACGCAUUGACAAACCCAAAUUAUCAUGAGAUUUUGACACUAAAAUCUCGCGAUAACUUGGGUUUCAAUUUUGAGCUAAUUUUCAGUCUCUAUCAUCGCCCAAUUUGAAAAUUAGGGUUAGGUUGCUUUCUCUCUCUGUCUUUCUUACUCUCUCAGUCCUCACCCCCCAUUGCCGACGACUCUCUCUCGUUAGCUCUUCGUCCUCAUCGUCACGGGUUGUUCCCUCAUUGCCGACGACUCUCUCUCUCUGAUUUAGGGUUUAGGUCGCUCUUUCUUACUCAUCCAAAAUACUAUCUAAUAAUAUAGAUCAGAUGCCCCUACUCCACUGGCUUCAUCUCCCCCUGCCGUCGACGACAAGCUUGGAAAUUUCUGGUGGAAGCAAGAACUUGGGUGGGAAGUCAAUCGGAUGCCCCUCAACGAGCUUUGAAAACAACAUUGCUCCCCAUAAUGAAGUUGGUCUUACAUGUUGGAUGGUCAUAACAGGAGCCCAAGUCUGGAUGAGCUGUGCUUCGAGCUUUGCAGUUGACGUGCACGUUGAUGCGCAGGAGAUGGCCGAAGUUGAAGAUAGUUUUUGAGCCUUCAUUUUAAACAAUCAGAGUGCAUCUGCUACACUUUUUACAUCUCCAUGUCCUAUAAUUUUGUACAAGUAUCCUUGUUUCCAUUGUUACAUAAUAUCAUCAUCUUCCUACUUGGAUUGGACCAUUGUCAAUGAGAUCUGUUUGUUUAUUA